CAUAUAUAUAUAUAUAUAUUAUAUUAUUCACUCACCCAGCCUACAUAAUUACAACUCAAAAUACAACAAUUUUCAUUUUCUUGAUACUUGUGUUUAUAUUUACAUUACAUUACAUUUUGGAGUUUGUUAAUUUGUUGUUAUAAAAAUUAUGCAGAGCGUGAAAGCGGGAACACGGCCGCCGUGGGUGGGGUUUGCGGCGGCAGUGUGGGUUGGAAUAGCGGCGGGAAACUCUUACUGUUUCCCGCUGUAUUCACAUGCUUUGAAAUCAGUACUGGGGUUUACACAACAGCAGCUUACAGUGCUUGGUGUUGCUAAUGAUCUUGGAGAGAAUACUGGGAUUCUUCCGGGCAUUGCUUGUAAUUAUUUUCCACCCUGGGUAGUGCUUCUUGUUGGUGUGUUCAGUUCUUUUUUUGGGUAUGGUGUUAUUUGGCUUGCUAUUACUCAGACUGUUCAGAAUUUGCCGUAUUGGAUUUUAUGGAUCGCACUCGUUCUCGCAGCUAAUAGUAGCGCGUGGCUGGGAACCGCGGUGAUCGUUACUAACUUACGAAAUUUCCCACUCAGUCGGGGCACGGUUGCCGGCCUUCUAAAAGGCUACAUUGCCUUAAGUGCCGCGGUUUUCACAGAAAUCUCCAUCAUGUUGUUUAACGGGUCGGCUUCAGCAGUCGUGCUCCUGUUCACACUCGGUAUACCCGUUAUAUGUUUAGCACUAAUGUACUACGUUCGCCCAUGUACACCCGCUUUCGAGCCUGACCCGUCAGAAAACGGUCACUUUAUGUUCACCCAAGGAACAAGUCUCUUACUCGCAAUCUUCCUUUUAACAACCACGAUACUAAAGAACACGUUAAAUCUAAACAACACGACCUCCUACACCUUUAUAGCGAUCAUGGUGGUUUUCUUACUAUCACCACUUGCAGUCCCGAUCAAAAUGACCCUGUUUCCAGCCCGCAAGACGGGUAUCCAGCCCGUUGAGUCUUCAGAAGGUUUGGAUUCGAAAACCGCCCCGUUGUUAACACCAUCGUCUUCAAACACGACUCUUGCGAGUUCUAACGAGGAUGACGAUGUAUCUUAUGUGAAUAUGCUUCUCGCGCUUGGAGAAGGUGCGAUUAAAAGCAAGAAAAGAAGGCCUAGAAGAGGUGAAGAUUUUAGUUUUCGCGAAGCGGUUGUGAAAGCCGAUUUUUGGCUUCUAUGGGCCACUUACUUUUUCGGCAUCGGGUCGGGAGUCACGGUGUUGAACAAUUUGGCCCAAAUUGCAGCUUCGGUCGGGUUUGAAGAUACGUCCACAUUGAUGAGUUUAUUCAGUUUUUGCAAUUUUCUUGGCCGGUUAGGUGGUGGUGCGGUUUCUGAAUACUUUGUGAGGUUAAAUGCGACACCAAGAACAUUUUGGACGAUGGUAACGCAAGUUAUCAUGGUGUUAACAUAUCUUUUGUAUGCGUCGUCUCUAGAUGGAACGCUCUAUGCCGCAACGGCAUUACUUGGAACAUGUUACGGUCUUCAAAUCGCGAUUAUGAUAUCGACAACUUCCGAGCUUUUUGGAUUGAAGAACUUUGGGAUAUUUUUUAAUUUUAUGCAGCUGGGAAAUCCUCUUGGUGCGGUAUUUCUUUCUGGUAUGCUCGCGGGUUACAUUUAUGACACAGAAGCGGCUAAACAAGGUGGGACUACGUGCGUGGGUCCCGCUUGUUUUCGGCUCACCUUUCUUGUUCUUGCUUGUGUAUGUGGUUUAGGGACCAUUUUGAGCUUGAUUUUGACCCUUAGAAUUCGGCCCGUUUAUCAAAUGCUUUAUGCUGGUGGUUCGUUUCGUUUGCCUCAAAGCUCGGUCCAUUGAUUUGAUGAUGAUGACGAUGAGUGAACAAACGGCUAUACGAAGACGACGACGACGGGUGUAUACGUUUGUUAUACAUGUGUAUAAUACAUGUUCAUUGUGAGAUCUAUGUGUUUUGAGAGCUUAUGAACACUUGUUAUGUAAAAAUUGAUCUUUUUGCCGUGAUUCUUUGUAUGAACACGUUUAAUUAUUAAUCCAUAAUAUAUUAGUGGUGCUAAA